CCCCGGACCUCUUGAAAAGUGUAAACAAUGGGGUUUAAACAAACCAGUCUUCACAAUCUACCAGCAUUCUUUCAUUUUUCUAACCUAGCCUGUAGAGAAGGAUCACCUUUGUUGGAAGCUUCAUUGGAAUAAGAUGGACUUUGACAUGUUUUUGUCUGGCAGUGUUUUUAGAGGGCAGGGUUUCUUUUGACAUUGGUAAUAUUUCAUUUGAAUGAGGGGAACAGCCAGAUCUUGAAACCUAUUAGAUUAUACAUGUCAGAGACCUCUGUUUAAGGCUACUUAGUGUCAUCAGACGGCUGUGAAGCUUCCUGCUGCAGACAUGGAUGAAGAGACUUCUCUGCUAGACAGAAGACCAACAUCAUCUGAAUCCAGGAUCAAUAACUCCAAACUGUUCCUGGCCGUCUUCUCGGCCGUCCUGGGAAACUUCAGCUUCGGUUACUCCCUGGUCUAUUCAUCCCCGGUCCUGCCGAAGUUCCAGGGCCCCGAUGCAGACCCUCGGCUCAGGAUGGACACGGAGCAGGCUGCCUGGUUCGGCUCCAUCUACACACUGGGUGCAGCGGCUGGAGGAUUGGGCGCCAUGCUGCUCAACGACCUGAUUGGACGGAAACUGAGCAUCAUGAUGUCAGCAGUGCCGUUGACUAUUGGAUACAUGCUGAUGGGAGGGGCUGUUGACUUGUGGAUGCUCCAUGUGGGCCGUUUCCUCACAGGCGUUGCCGGGGGGAUGACCGCAGCAUCCAUUCCUGUUUACAUCUCAGAGAUCUCCCACAAAGCAGUGAGAGGAGCUAUGGGCUCCUGCCCUCAGAUCACUGCUGUGUUUGGGGCCCUGACGCUGUACGCCAUGGGUCUGGUGGUACCGUGGAGAUGGCUGGCAGUGGCGGGGGGGCUGCCAGCUGUGCUGAUGGUUGUGCUGCUGGCAUUCAUGCCCAACUCCCCCAGGAGGCUCCUCUCUCUCAACAGAGAGCAACAGGCUGAGAGGGCCCUCCGUUGGCUAAGGGGACAACACUACAACACAAACGUUGAGCUCAGUGCUAUACAGCACAGCAUCAACACGCAGAGUAAAGUCACAUGGUCGCAGCUGGCCAGACCUGUCUACUGCCGGCCAAUCAUCAUCUCAGUGGUGAUGCGUUUCCUGCAGCAAAUGACGGGCAUCACGCCCAUCCUGGUCUACCUGGAGCCAAUCUUUUCCCAAAGCAAAGUUUCCCUGGAGCCCAGGUAUGAUGCUGCCAUUGUAGGUGCGGUCCGCCUAUUUUCUGUUGCCGUGGCAGCCAGUUUAAUGGACAAGGCGGGACGCAAAGCCCUGCUGUACACGUCGAGCCUGCUGAUGUUCCUGUCCUCUCUUACUCUGACAAUAAUCUCCCACACCACACCUUGCCUUCCAUGCCCCACCCCUCCUAAUCACACCAUGAAUUGGGACUACAGCUCCCAAAAUCCUAUUGGAAACACUUUAGAUGCCAGCCACCAAACUGCGGGCCUUAUUCCUCUCAUUAGCACCAUGGUGUUUAUAUUUGGAUACGCCCUGGGAUGGGGUCCAAUCACAUGGUUGCUGAUGUCAGAGGUGUUGCCGCUGGUUGCUAGGGGCGUUGCUUCGGGUCUGUGUGUGACUGUCAGCUGGUUGACGGCAUUCAUGAUCACACACGCCUUCACACACCUGGUGGACUGGUACGGCCUGUACGUGCCUUAUCUGUGUUUUACAGUGGUAUGUGUGCUAUGUCUGCUGUUCAACGCAGUGUGCAUCCCAGAGACUCGCGGACGCUCACUGGAAGAAAUAGAGAACUAUUUCAGGACAGGACGAACGUUCACCAUCAACAGAAGCAAUUCCACUGCACAGUCAAGCUGAAGCCUGACAAGCCCUUUAAUCAGCAAGGAGUCACUCCCAAGAUGCACCUGUAAAACAGUGCUACUGCAAAGUGAUCCUUUAGAUUGUCAAUAUUGUGGGUGUAAGAAGAGAGUGUAUGUUGUACAGGAUGUGAAGCCCUCUGAGAAACCAUUAGGUCAAGAAGCAGUUUACACAUCCAAAUAAUAACAUGUUACAGUUGAGAGUGACAAUCUUUAAGAUUUCAGUCUCAGUUAUUUCUAGUUGUGUGAAAACAAUAGAAUUGUGAUGAAAGUUUAGCAGUCUGGAGGAUAGAAAUAUAAUUAAUUUCAUUCUAUUACUGGGCUCUGGAGUCUUGUUGUUAAUACAUAAGCUGAAAGUUUUCCAGGUUGGAGAUAUAAUCCCUCCACCUAGUCCUGGGUCUUCCCCGAGACCUCCUCCCAGCUGGACGUGCCUGGAACCCCUCCCUAGGGAGGCCCCCAGGAGGCAUCCUUACCAGAUGCCCGAACCACCUCAACUGGCAUAUAUAUGAUGGUAAUGAUAAUAUAUUGUAUAUUAUUAUAUUUAACCACUAACCACCACGACUACUACGCAAUGUACAAGGCAAACAUGAAAACACUGAUGAAACAUAACAGAGAUGAACUGACAAAUAUCUCUAAAAACAAAGCCUUCCUUCUCCUGUGGAAGCAGCCAUGGAAUUUACACCAUAGUAUAUUCUGACAUGUCUGAAAGCAAUCUGCACUGAAUACUAUGUAGAACCAUGUAUCAACAGAAGACAAUUGUUCAUCACUUACCUGUUCAGCUCUUCUGAUCUGUUGAAAAACAAUAUUUAUCAUUACUGUAAAUACUUAAAUUAAAGUACAAAUAUGACAUUUACAGACAGUUGUUGUUGCCUUGUCAGCUUAGCUGUCCAUCACAUUGUUUGAAGAGCAUGUACUUAUUAUGUAAGCGAUUGACAAAACCUAAAGAUUACAGGAAGGGGGCAUGUUGUGAUUGUGUCAUGUCUACACGCUAUAUAAAUUGUCCAUAAUGUGUUUUAUACAUUCAGGAAACUAAAUCUGAAAGCUAACAUUGCACAAGGUGCUGUAUUUAAACUGAGAUCACAGUUUAUAUGUUGUUUUCAUUGACAGCAGACUUCAAAAUGUCAGUUAUAAAAUCUGAUUAUAUGUACAAUAGAGCAAAUUAAUAAUACA